GAGGUCGGAGGGUAACCCUUGCCCUGGAACGCGCUCCAUGUGGCCGCGCGCGCCGGGGGCCGCUGUGGGCGACAGGUGGCAGCCCCAAGGAGGGGUCCGGUUAUCUUUUGACCACCCCAGAUGGACUCCAAAACAUCUCCAAAGGAAACUGUCCUCAUUACGGGAGGAAGUGGCUAUUUUGGUUUCCGCUUAGGCUGUGCCCUGAACCAGAAGGGGGUCCAUGUGGUUCUGUUUGACAUCCACAGCCCUGCUGAAACCAUUCCAGAAGGAAUCACGUUUGUGCAUGGAGACAUCCGCCACCUCUCUGACAUAGAGAAAGCCUUCCAAGAUGCGGAUGUCACCUGCGUGUUCCAUAUUGCCUCUUAUGGUAUGUCAGGGCGGGAGCAACUGAAUCAAACCCGGAUCGAAGAAGUCAACGUAGGGGGCACAGACAAUGUCCUCCAGAUUUGUCGGAGGAGAGGGGUGCCCAGAUUAGUUUACACCAGCACUUCCAAUGUGGUCUUUGGAGGUCAAGUUAUCAGAAACGGGAAUGAAUCUCUGCCUUACCUGCCUCUUCACCUCUACCCGGAUCACUACUCUCAGACCAAAUCCAUUGCAGAGAAGAAGGUGCUGGAGGCGAAUGGUACAGCCCUGGACAGGGGUGAUGGUGUCUUAAGAACCUGCGCUCUGAGGCCUGCUGGAAUCUAUGGGCCUGGAGAACAAAGGCACCUUCCCAGGAUUGUGAACUACGUUGAAAGGGGCCUGUUCCGGUUUGUGUACGGGAAUCCCAGGAGCCUGGUUGAGUUUGUCCAUGUCGAUAACUUGGUGCAGGCUCACAUUCUGGCCUCAGAGGCUCUGAAACCUGACAAGGGCCACAUUGCCUCCGGGCAGCCCUACUUCAUCUCAGACGGCACGCCUGUCAACAACUUUGAGUUCUUCCGGCCUUUGGUGGAGGGCCUGGGCUAUACCUUCCCAUCCACCCGCCUGCCAUUUACCCUCAUCUACUGCUUUGCUUUCCUUACAGAGAUGACCCAUGUCUUUUUGAGUCGACUCCACAACUUCCAGCCCUUUCUCACUUGUGCUGAGGUUUACAAAACUGGUGUCACACAUUACUUUAGCUUAGAGAAAGCCAAGAAAGAGCUAGGCUAUGAGCCUCAGCCAUUUGACCUCCAGGACGUGGUAGAAUGGUUUAAAGCCCAUGGUCAUGGCAGAAGCUCUGGAGCUGGUGAUUCAGUGUGUCUUCUUUGGAAUGGGCUAUUGGUCUUACUGUUGGUUAUAGCGGUUCUCACCUGGCUGCCUUCUGUGUUUCUGUCACAAUGA